AAAGAAACUCUGAGUCAAAUAACGAUGAUUAUACAUGGAAUAAAAUCCCUGAACUUCCUUAUCAUCGAGAGGAUAGUGGCGAUAAUACUUCGGGUAAAAGCCUGGAGCAACAAAUAAACAGUGGUGACAAUACUUUAGAUAAGUUCAGAAAUAUAAGCUUAGGAACUUUGCAAUGGCAACUAGACAAUAGUGGCGGCUCUAUCACUAUGAAACUGGACAAUAGUGGCGGCUCUAUUGCUAUGAAUACAAGCUCAGUACCUUCGCAACGGCAACUGGACAAUAUCGGUGGCUCUACGAAUACAAGCUCAGUACCUUCGCAACGGCAAUUGGAUAAUAGUGGUAGCUCUAUAAAUGAAAGUUUGAAAUCUUCACGUUUGCGAUUGGAUAAUGGUAGCGAACCUUUGGAUGAAAUCUUGGAAUCCUUACGUUUGCGAUUGGAUAAAGGUGGCGACGGGUCUUUGAAUGAAAGCUUAGAACCUUCACGUUCACGAUUAGAUAAAAAUAGUGGAUCUUUAA